AUGCUAAAUAAAAGUUUGUAUGUUAUGUGGGUUCAUGUGACCACUAUACCCCGGUUAGAACUUUGUGGUGCUGUAUUACUCACAAAUAAUUGUAGAUCCACUUACAGGUGUCGAACAUGCAACGGUAACCAUCAUUCAUUAUUAUAUUUUGAAAAAAAGAAGAGAACAGAAGAGAAGGAACAGUUCAAAGGACAACAACCGGAUAAAGAUAAAAACGGUGGACGUCGCCAGUGCAGAGCUAUCUUGGAUAGUGGUUCCCAAGUAAACUUUGUAUCAAAAAGAUAUGCAAAUUUACUACAGCUAACAUGUAAGAAGUCUUUAUUACCAAUAAGUUGCAUUGAAGACAAUUGGUUAAGAGCAAAGUCAUGUAGUGAGUUGAAGGUCGAAUCAAGAACGAAUGAAUUUAGCAUUAAGAUUUCUUGCUACGUUUUGCCUAACAUUGUCGGAGAAUUAGCGCCUUGUUCAGAGCCGGCAGGUGGAUGGAGAAUACAAGGGGCUGUAUCUCCAUUUUUAGCUGAUCCGGAUUUCCAUCGUCCUCAAGCUAUCGAUCUUCUUAUUGGAGGUGGUUCGUUCUUUGAUGUUUUGGAAACAAAGAAAAUAACACUAAAUACAGGUUCAGUAACUCUACAUGAAAGUUGCUUCGAAUGGCUCGUAACGGGAGAACUUUCCAACCAGCAUUUACUAACACCUAUCUCGAUAGGUCAAACUAUAGAGGAAGAUUGGAAGGCUCUCAGCAGCAUUGAAAAUGGAAGCUAUGGCCGAGUAUCAAAAGCGAAUAAGAGAUGUCAAGAAGAGCAAGAGACAAUCCAACAUUUUAAGCAAUACACAAUGCGUGAUGAGGAGGGACGUUUUAUCGUACGGCUUCCCACCAAGCAGGUGAUCAGCGAAAUAGGCACAACAUUACCUAAGGUGACCGCACGCUUCUUGAAUGUUGAGAAAAGAUUACAACAUGAUGAGCAUCUGAAGGCUGAGUACAUAUGAUUUAUGAAUGAAUAUAUUGAAAUGGGACACAUGGUUCAAGUAAUGGAUGAUUCAACUCAGAUGCAGAAUCCCUUUUAUCUACCACACCAUUCGGUAAAAAAAGCAUCAAGUUUAACUACAAAAGUCCGAGUAGUUUUCGUUGCCUCUGCUAAAAGUACAUCAGGCAUAUCUCUUAAUGAUGCCUUAAAGUGUGGUCUAGUUGUUCAGCAAGAUUUAUUUUCAAUUCUCGUUCGCUUCCACAAGCAUCAAUUUGUCUUAUUUUCGGAUAUAGAAAAAAUGUUUCGGUAAAUAAAGGUGGCAAAGGAAGACUGGGACCUAUAAAGAAUUGUUUGGAAAUCCAGCCCUGAAGAGUUACUACGUUCAUACCAGCUAACUACAGUCACGUAUGGAACAACUUCUGCCUCAUUUCUAUCAACCUAUUGUCUUAUAGCAUUCGCAAAGAGUGUUGAAAAGGAAUACCCGAAAGCUUCAAAGGUGUUUGCCGAAGAUUUUUAUAUGGACGAUCUAAUGACGGGGGUCGAUACAGAGGAUGAUUGCUAUCGGUUACAAAUAGAUGUUAGUUCAGUGUUAAACUCAGCAAAUCUACCAUUAAGGAAAUGGUGUUCCAACUCCGAGAUUGUUUUGCAAAACAUAUCCAAGUCUGUUGACGAUCCUUUGUUCGUAUUAGAUAUAGAAAACGAUCAAAGACGGUCAAGUCACUAAAGUUACAGUAGAAACCAGUCGCAGACCAUUUUCAAUAUGACAUCUUGAUUCUUCUCAAAUAAAAUCCCAGAUUGUUAAGAAUUCAGGCGUGCAACAAUAUCAUAAACAAAAAUUCUAUAGUGAAAAUGAUACAAUCCAUACUUAAGCAUCUCCUUUUACAGUUACUCUGAUGUCAUCUAUAAAUUAUCGAAAAAAAAUGAUCUAUUCUUAUCAAAAUUACCACGGCCAGAAUCAACUAUUUUGAAAAAAACUAAAAGUUAUGAAAAUCACAACAUGGAUCAUAAUAAAUGGAUCUUCAAAUGUAAAGACAUUCUAUGUAAAUUUAAACUGUAUAUACUUUGAAAAUAUGUUAUAGAAUCAACGAGCACACGACUAGAUGACCAGACGAAAGAUAUAUUUUGUAAGUAUUCCAUAGUUAUAUUUUUUUACACUCGAUUUUUUUAGUUCUCGUAAGGUAGAGUAUCAGCAAUGUAUAUUACAUUCGUUAUUUACUCGUCAUAAGGAUCAAAAAAUUAAAAACGUCAAACAAUACAAAAAAAAGCAAAAAAGCCUG